AGUAAAAUUAGCCUCGAUAAGAAGGCAUAGGCCUAGUAUGAAUAAGGUAUUCAGUCCCGCCUGUUCGAUAUCCAAGCUGCAUCAUCUACAACAUAAGGAUAUAUCAUAUGUAGAGGUGGGAUAUAUCACAGCGUGUUGGCUGCUUAAAUGCUUUAUAUAGGCGUAUCCCGUCGACUGCGCAAUGCUGUUCUCCUUGUGGUGGUUACCCGGGUUCCCCGCAUGGCUGACUUUCGAAACUACCCCUUUGGACAGCCUUCUAUACGGGCUGGUGGGUGCUUACGGCAUAUCUAUACUCGGCAGUUUCUUGAGAACCCACCUUUUCCUCAAAAACCUAAGUGGGGAUGAAAGGAGCAGUAAGGAGAGCCAGCAUCCCUGGAGUGGUGCCCAAGGCAGGCUGAGUGAAACCCUGCAGUUCUGGUUCUGCGUCGGCGUUCUCUCUCUGGUGGGUUCUCGGGUUGCCUCCCUGGUGGUUUUGGAGUUCAUCCUCAGAGCAGCUUUGGCUCGAGUGUCAGUUCGCCCGGACCUGUGGUCCAGUAGCACUGCGCAGUUCCUCACUCAGUGCCAGUUCUCUCUGGGCUGUGCUCUGACCUGCAGUCUCCACUUUCUCCAGGAGGGGGCACCACACUGCUCACUGAACCUCUUCCUUGCAGCAGGCCUUAGCUGGCUCCUGGCCAACUUGAGUAGCCGCAUCUGGCUCCAUGUGGUUCCACUGUAUCGACUGCACAGCUCCCAGCGCUACUGCGGCCUGUGCAUUGGACUUCUUAGCUCAGGACACGCCAUUCUGCCCCUCUUAUCUCGAGGGGUCGUGCUCACCUUUGUCACUGGUGCCUUUGCUGGCCUGUCAAUUGUCAGUCGCGAUUUCCUGUCUUCUGCAGAUGCACUGAGAUUCUGGACCCCCCUAACCAUCUGCUACACACUGCUGGUGGUCUAUAUGCAUGACGAGCAGCGCCGGCAGACCGGACCUCAGGCCCUGCUCCAGGCUGUGGGGGUGCGGCUGGGGGGGCUGCUGGUGCUGAUGCUGACGGUGGGCCGCUGGGUGGAUGUGCUCCACAUCCUGCUCUGCUUCCUGGGCGAGGCCGGCUGCCUGCUCCCCAGCCGAGAUCUGCUGGAUGCUGCACUGCAGGAAGUAGGAAAGGAGGUGGCACCACACAGAAGGACUGAGAGGCCAGGGAGACUCCAGGAAGCGGCCCUUAAACCUCGCAAAGAUAAAGACCUUUAGCUGCUCAUAGCUCAAGGCAAAGGAACAUUUCCCAGACGAUAUAGAUUUGGUAAUCCCUGGUGUGGCAUGUCAGCCAUUUGCAAGGGUGCUAUUGUAUUACUGUUUUAGAAUGUGCUGAAAGACACGGGGAAAUCAGUAAAGGAAGAUGACCAGACAGAUUAGAAUAGACAGCCUGUGAACAAGGAAUUAUUGUACAGGAGUAUAGGAACCUGAGUGUAGGUUUGUGCUGAACAGGACCCAAGAUGCCCUUUAGUUUUAUAUAAUAUUUUUUGUUAUAAUCAUUGUUCCAUCUUUCUGCUGCUUAUCUUAAUCAGGGGCAAAAAUAACAAUUAAAAAAUAACAAAAAGGCACAUUACAAAUCAGGCAGAAGUAUUUUACAUACUAUACAUAUAUACCAAAGGUGGAAUACUGCAAGGUAUAUGUCCAUGUAACAUAUCUGGCUUUGUUUACUAUCAUAUCAGAAAAAAAUCGUUUGGUGGACAAAAAAUAGAUUGACCUUUGGCACAAUAAUACAAACAAAAAGUCCACUAUUUAAAAUUUCUGUCUAAAGAUAUUCAAUUCAUAUGUGAAGUGGAAGAAUAUUUGCUUUACUACAUAUGUCUCAUUUACAAUGGAUCAGCUGUGGAGUCUACAUUUCUGGUGUUUUAUAUACAGUAUACUUUGUACUGAAGACCUGCCAUACAUAUACACUGCAGAACUUCAGAAGAGAAAAAUGCCUGAACAUGUGAUGAUGCUGUCAGAGAUGCUUUUGGGGAAGGGCUGGGAGUUUGAUUAGGCAUGUCAAUAGAUCACGAAGGAUUUCAGAUUUCCCAUGUUUGCUCUCACAUGCAAAAUUGUUUACUUUGUGAUACAGCACAGAAUCACUAAAUGUUGUAUCCAGAGUAAUAAAGGAAUAUGUUUUCUCAUGAUUCAAUGAACAUAAAAUGAGACAUUUCUCAUUUGGACAUGUUCAAGGUGUGCUGUAUGUUAGCCCUAUAUGAAAUGCAGUUCAUUAUGUGAAACAUUGCAGGAACACAAUCUGUUAUUAAAAUCUUUUCAUCAGAAGCUAGAGAACAACAGUCAAUCAUUGUACAUUCAAAAACGAGCAGCUAAGUUGUGUAAAUAAAUGAAUUAUAAAGUGUUACA